GGAAGCGCGUCCGUGUGCGCAGAGCCACUCUCCCAUAACCCAGAAAAAUGGGGCAGUCUGGGCCGUGAGGACGCAGAUCGCAAGAAGGAAAACAAGGACAGGCGACUAGCGGGACAAAGCAGGACAUCUGGAGAAAGCAAAAGGCAAAAGAUCGGGGUGGGGGGGGAACCCACAGCAGGUGGCAACAAGAUCUAGAGCAAACCGGUCGGGUCCACAGUUGUUUUUCUGGAAGAGAAGAACCGACCGGAGGAUUGCCUGUUUCCCCUUCAGUUAACGAAAACUACUUUUAUCCUCAUCAUAAAAGAAAAGGAUAAGGGGAGGUAAAGACUCUUGUUUUCUUAGAGGGAGAGCCGAGGGCGAUCCAGACUAGCGUCUGAAAUAAGCCACUGCCUGGUACAGAGUGCAGUACCACCCUGGUUUCUGAAGAUCCACAUCGCCUUCAGAAUUCCAGCUGGAGUAUCUGUACAGUUCUAUUUUUAUAUCUAAAUAUCUAUGUCUCCUUCCCUUCGGCUUUUAACCACACUUUCCUUGUUCCUAAGCACGAGUGACAAGAGUGUCCUUAAUUCGAAGUAGGGGUAUCUUCCGUUUUUUCUUUCAUUUGUUUGGGUCUUUUUUAAGAGGGUAGGAAGUGGUCCUCAUUUCGGAAAAGGACGUUUUAAUUUGAAAGUCUCUAUAAAUAGAUUUGCACUGUACGCAUUUAGAAGAGAGAUACCUUUCAGAGGUUAAAAUCCUGAGAAAGAUGGAAAAAGGGGCCAGGCACCGAAACACCACUGAGAAGAGCCACUCCGGUGGGAGCGAGUCGGAGGUCAGCGGAGAGACUGGUUCCGGAGGGGGCGGAGUAGCCCUGAAGAAAGAGAUUGGAUUGGUCAGUGCUUGCGGUAUCAUCAUAGGGAACAUCAUCGGCUCUGGAAUCUUCGUCUCACCAAAAGGAGUGCUGGAGAAUGCCGGCUCUGUGGGCCUUGCUCUCAUUGUCUGGAUCGUGACGGGUAUCAUCACAGCUGUAGGAGCCCUAUGCUAUGCUGAGCUCGGGGUCACCAUCCCCAAAUCUGGAGGUGACUACUCAUACGUCAAGGACAUCUUCGGAGGACUGGCUGGGUUUCUGAGGCUGUGGAUUGCUGUGCUGGUGAUCUAUCCCACCAACCAGGCUGUCAUCGCCCUCACCUUCUCCAACUACGUGCUUCAGCCGCUCUUCCCCACCUGCUUCCCCCCAGAUUCUGGCCUUCGAAUCCUGGCUGGCAUCUGCUUAUUGCUCCUCACAUGGGUCAACUGUUCCAGUGUGCGGUGGGCCACCCGGGUUCAGGACAUUUUCACAGCUGGCAAGCUCCUGGCCCUGGCCCUGAUCAUCAUCAUGGGAGUUGUACAGAUCUGCAAAGGCGAAUACUUCUGGUUGGAGCCAAAGAACGCAUUUGAGAAUUUCCAAGAACCCGACAUCGGCCUCAUCGCACUGGCUUUCCUUCAGGGCUCCUUUGCCUAUGGAGGCUGGAACUUUCUUAAUUAUGUGACUGAGGAACUUGUUGAUCCCUACAAGAACCUUCCCAGAGCCAUCUUCAUCUCCAUCCCACUGGUCACAUUUGUGUAUGUCUUUGCCAAUGUCGCUUAUGUCACUGCAAUGUCCCCACAGGAGCUACUGGCUUCAAAUGCAGUUGCUGUGACUUUUGGAGAGAAGCUCCUAGGGGUCAUGGCCUGGAUCAUGCCCAUUUCUGUUGCACUGUCAACGUUUGGAGGAGUCAAUGGGUCCCUUUUCACUUCCUCCCGGCUGUUCUUUGCUGGAGCCAGGGAGGGCCACCUUCCCAGCGUGUUGGCCAUGAUCCACGUGAAGCGCUGCACUCCAAUCCCAGCCUUGCUUUUCACAUGCAUCUCCACCCUGCUGAUGCUGGUCACCAGUGACAUAUACACACUCAUCAACUACGUGGGCUUCAUCAACUACCUCUUCUAUGGGGUCACAAUUGCUGGACAGAUAGUUCUUCGCUGGAAGAAGCCUGACAUCCCCCGCCCCAUCAAGAUCAACCUGCUGUUCCCCAUCAUCUACUUGCUGUUCUGGGCCUUCCUGCUGGUCUUCAGCCUGUGGUCAGAGCCUGUGGUGUGUGGCAUCGGCCUGGCCAUCAUGCUGACAGGAGUUCCUGUCUAUUUCCUGGGUGUUUACUGGCAACACAAGCCCAAAUGUUUCAACGACUUCAUUGAGAUGCUAACCCUGGUGAGCCAGAAGAUGUGCGUGGUGGUGUACCCCGAGGCGGAUGGAAGCUCGGGGACAGAGCACAGAAAUGGGGACACGGAGGAGCAGUGGCAGCCUAUCUACCAGCCCACUGCCUCCAAGGUCAAGGAUGCUGUUGAGCAGGCCCAGCCCUGAGGACCACCAUCCCCUCUCAGCUGGCUUCUCCCCCAUCGCCCCCUUUCUGCCCUCCUGCCCUGCCUGGGUCCCCUAACACACACACACACACCUCUGCUUCUCUCAAGCAGUAGCAGGACCUGGGUGCUGGUGGUGAGGAACCAUAAACAGACAUAUUUGUACCCAAAGAACCAGCCUCUCGCUCCCAGGCCUGUCCCAAAGCCCCCACCAGAGCUGCUCUGAGCUGCGGGAGGAGAGGAGCUGCGGGAAGCCCUGCAGGGCCCUCCCUCCGGGCCCACACCCCAUGCCUCCUGAGGAACCUGGGUUCAGUACUGCCUUCCCUCCGCUUCCUGAGCCUGCAGGAGGCCUCAGCUCAGAGAGAAAUGGAAACAGCAGUGAGUCAGUUUGGGAGGGACCCACUUGAGCAAAUCUGUCACCAUUAAAGGUCAGCUGGAGGGACCUGAAUCCCCCUCCCUUCACCAGGGACCCAAGCAAUUGGAAAGGAUGCUUCCCUCUGCUCUCUUGCCUACCCCUCCCCACCAUACCUCCGCCCCUCUCCAUCCCCAGCCUGGGCUCCCUGUCCAGAGUAAGGUUCCUGUCAGGACACCGCCUUCUGACUGAGCUAAGGACCAAUGAGCAGGAGAACUGCCCUCUACCCCUACCCCCAGGCCAGGCCUUUGGAGCAGACUGGGAAAGGCUCAGAUUGCAGAAACUCAGCCCUGUCCCUGUCUCCUGCAUCCUGCCCCCAACUUGGUGCCAAAGCUUCCUGAAGCCAGAAAGCUUAUUUUCAAUGUAGUAGGCAUUUCUCUCCUAAUGACAAAGCUGCUCAGCAUCUCCUCCUUCCCCACCCCUGUGGGAUGGAGCGGCCCCUCCUUAUCCUUGCGGCUGUGCCCCUAACACCCUGACAGAGCCAGCACUGCCAGUGCCCCCAUCAUGCCCUUUGCCCCCUCUCUGGACCUUGGCUCUGCUGCUAAAUGGCUAACCGGGUGUGAAAGCCUCCCAAGCCCUUCAGGCCUGAAACCCGAGCCAAAUCAGCCUUAAGUCACCUCCCAUCCAAGAGUGGGACCUAAAAAUAUGCCCUUAUUUCUAAGCCUCAGGACAGACCUGGUAUGAAAAGCCUUCCCGGGAAGGAGGGUGCUUCCCACCUCCAGAGGUGCCCAUCCAUAACCUCAGAGACAGAGCAGAGGGUGUCUUCUGAAGGCCAGGUCCUCUCCUGUACUCAACCCACUCAGAUAAACCUCUCUUUCUGGUCCCACCACUGUCCGGUCUUUGGACAGCCUCUGGGGCAGGAUGAGCAGGCAGGGACAGAUGGCACCCACUUUGGAGACCCUCAGGAAAGCCCAUUCUCUGUGGUAUGUGGGCUUCCGGCCACCCUGCAGGCAGAGGCCACCUUCCGCCUUGCUCCAAAGGAGGCCACAGUGUUUGCCCUGGGCCCUGAGCCUCCCUCCACACCUGUGAGGCUGAGGACUAGAAGCCCUUUGUCCCAAAGCAGGAGUCCCCCUACACCCAACUGCCCAACCCUUCUGUUUAAACGAGACACUCAGGCAGCCUUCCUGGCUCCAGAGUCCCAGCUCCCUGUGCCGGACCCUGUGGGGGUGAGAUGUGGUCCCUUCAGAGUGGACUCCAAGAGGGGCAGGCUGGCCCCUGGAGGGCCAGGGGACCAUCCUCUUGUUCCCUCUUCUCAUUCCUCCCAACUCCAUCCCUCCUUCAGUUGUUUUUGUUUGGGGUUUUUGUAAAGUGGAUGCCUUACUUUUUGGAUAAAUAUUUUUGAAGUCGGCAUUUCUAUUUCUUUUGGAUUUUUUAAAUGUUGAUUUGUCUUGGGUGGGAGGGGUUGAGUUAUACCUGGAUAAUAAUCUUCUGUCUUUGAGUUAGUUUAGGUAUAGAGUUUUUUUGCUUGUUUUGUGGAGGGUUUUUUUUUCUUUUGAUUUAUUAAAAUUUUAAAUGGAAAUUAAA